AAUAGCAUGAUAGGGACACUUUAAUCCAUGACAUAACAUGCAAGGUAGUGAAUGAGUUUUCUUGUUGGGUUAUGAAUGGGAAAACGACCCCCCAAAAAAAUUCUGUGUGCUUUCCGAGUAAAUAUUUUUGAAUGGCUGGAAACAGGGGAAGGGUUGUUGUGACUGCACUGAAGGUAUUUGAAUUCCCUUUUAGGUACACACAAACACUCAACGUCCAGCCAAUAGCGUGAGAGUGUGGAAGGGAGAAAACGGUAAGACUUGUCCAUAUUUCUCGCAGUGAUUUUAAACAGCUCGUCCAUGACCAUGGCACGACCUGGGCUUCUGCUUCUGGUGAUCUGCUUCAGCGUUCUCCACGACGGGUGUGGACGUCCCUCUCGCGCCGAGAAAGCAGUUCCAGCUCAACAGAGAGCUUCAGAAGAUGAUGACAUGAGGACACAGAUUGACAAGCUGUGGCUGGAAAUCAACUCUCUGAAAGAGAUGCAGGCACUGCAAACAGUUUGCCUGCGUGGCGUUAAGGCCCACAGGAAGUGUUACCUGGUUUCUGAGCAGGUCAAGCACUAUCAUGAGGCCAACGAGGACUGCAUCGCUCAGGGAGGAACCCUGGCCAUUCCUCGAGACAUGAGCGAAAACGACCAGCUCAGAGACUACGCCAAGCGCAGCUCGCCUGGAUCCAAAGAUUUCUGGAUUGGCAUCACAGACAUAGUGAAGGAAGGCCAGUAUGUGGACGUGAACAGCCUGCCCGUCUCCUUCUUCCACUGGGACCGAUCCAAGAGAGAGCCCAGCGGGGGGAAGAGAGAGAGCUGUGUUACUCUCUCGCUGGCGGCUCAGGGGAAGUGGCACGACGAGGUCUGUCGCAGCCAGAAGAAAUACAUCUGUGAAUACCUGAUUCCAUGAUGUGCGUCUCACGUGCCUUAACGAUGGUUGUUAAAGAUAUAGACAGCCUGUCAUUUAAGAUGCUCAUUAAAAACGAAACAGUCAA